AACGAACACUUGUUCAGUAUUCUUUCUAACUUUACUACAAAACUUUACUAGCUACUGCUCGACAAAAUGGAGAAACAUGUCAACAGACGCCUAGUUCAAUUGCUAAUUACAUUUCUUGUAUUAUUCAACACCGCCCUAUUAGCCGAAGGUGCGGAUGAGAAUCCCGUUGUAGAAGAUCGCACUUUAGGAGCCCUUGAUUUCAUCGUCCAGACCUGCAGCAGUUUGGGUAAUUGUCAACCUUUAACCACCGGCUUGGUGGUUGAUAACAACUGGAGGGGCAUCUACUACAAUAUCUGCUACGAUCCCAAAAAAUGCGAUAAGAUUCCGACUGUUAAUGAGUAUCAAACUCUAUUUGGAUUGACUGUUUCCCCUUCGAAAACUAGUCUGACCCUCAAAUACGUGGCCAAUGCUCCAGGUCCCAGGAUCUACUUGACCACUGCGUCCUGUCCUGACAGCUACCAGAUGGUUUAUCUGCUGAACCGAGAAAUCAGUUUCGACGUCGACUUGUCCACCGUCGGUUGCGGAUUGAACGCCGCCUUCUUCUUCGUCGGAAUGGAUGCCGAUGGAGGAAAGGCCAAGUAUGGUUACAAAGGACCCGCUUACGGAACAGGCUACUGCGAUGCCCAACUAGCCCAGACCAACAAACCCAACUGCUACGAGUUGGACAUAAUAGAAUCAAACAGUUUGACCACUCUGCUAGCCACUCACACCUGUAAAGAAGCCAACAAUUGCGAACCUACCGGAUGCGGAUUCAUGCCUUAUCCGCUGGGAAAAACGGAUUUUUACGGCCGAGGAUCCUCUUAUUGCGUCGAUACCACCAAACCUUUUACCGUAACCACCCGCUUCGUCACCGUCGAUGGAGAAGACACUGGAAAUUUGAAAGAGAUCCAGCGCAUCUACAAGCAAAACGGGAGGACGAUACCCCAUCCCACGGUUGGCGGCAAUUUCAAUUCUUUAUCGGACGCUUACUGCAGUUAUUACGGGCUGAAUAACAUUGGGGGAAUAUCGGCCAGCAUGACCCAGGGAUUGAAGAAUGGAAUGGUCCUCACCAUGGGUCUGUGGGGCGAUCUGAAAAAUCCUGACUUUAUGGGCUGGUUGGAUAAACCACCGCAUGGCCCUUGUCCCGUUUACAGCAACUCGAACCCUAAUGUCACCUACAGCAACAUUAAAUACGGUCCCAUUGGAUCAACGGCUUAAAAUAGCCUACAUAUAAUUUUAAAAUACCGCCUUUAUUUCUUAAUGAGGUGUGUUGUUUUAGGAAUGGCAUGGGACUAAUAAAACUUUAAAGCAUUGAA